GUCCGUGUUUUUCAUCCGCAGUAGUCGAAACCUCGUUUUCCUUUAGCUGGUCAACCACAAACCAAAUUUCAUAAAGCAUGCGUGGUGCUAUGGUAGAUGCCACCUAUUAUUACUUAUUUGUUUAUAGUUCCGUUGUUCCGUGUUCGUCUUCGAACCCUUUAAGGUUUCUCGACGGCGGUAAACGAUGGCGGCUCUGGUUUCAAUUGGAAUUGGUCUGUAGCUUGGUUAUGAUGACUUAUAAAUGUUUACCCACAAUUGACGACGAUGGCGUGGCAAGGACGGUGGAAGGCAAGUUUAAACCUGCAACCCGCCUUGCAGCCAUGGUUUCUGAAAGUUCUGAACCAUAGAAAGCACAGACCUCAAAUCUAUGAUAAAAAAAAUUAUUGUUUUUAUGUUUGUUUUAUGCUGAUUUUUGUUAGCUACAUUUAAGGUUAGGUGUUUAUUUUACGUUGCUUUAUUCGUUUCUCUUUUGCUUCAUUUUUUAAGGUGGUUGUAUUGUUGUUUGUGUAUUUAGGGCUUUGAUAAUGACCUGGAAGUCAUCUCAGCUCGGAACAUGGUUUUGAGUCCUCUCAUUGUUAAUGGUUCGGAAGAUAGAAUUGGAGAGCCUUUGUGUCGAGUAGUUCUUAAAAGAUAGUUUGGUCACUUUCGAUUUUUUAUGGCUGUGAUGAUGACCAAGUAUUGAUCUAAGCUCAAUGUUCAUAGAAUAAGAGGUUCGGACGUUUGAAUUUCUUUGCAUCUUCUGUGAUUUGUGGUUUAAAAAGUCCUUUGAGCGAUGAAACCAUAUGGAGGCGUCUUCGUGAAGCAGGAUUUGAUGAAUAAUCGAUUAAACAAAGGGAUAAGGGUUCAUUAAUCGCUCAUAUUGCUAAACUUGAAGCUCAGGUGCAUGGUAUGCACUCGAAUGCUUCUACUUUACGAAAGAUGACGAUCUGGCGCGAGGUGUCGCAUAUAGUUAACAAAGAAGGGUUUCUAAAGAUUCUACAGCUGCUCAGAACAAUGUAUCGCGUGAAUCUCAGACAAUGAUCUUGGUUGACCAUCCAAAUGUUCUUAAAUCGCAUUGUCUUUCGUAAAUGACCAUAAUCUAUGGGUUGUUAUGCCUUUUAUGGCUGGUGGUUCUUGCCUACAUAUGUUAAAGGCUUUCCAUCCCGAGGGUUUUGAAGAAGUUGUUAUUGCAACUAUAUUGCGCGAGGUUUUAAAGGCAUUGGAGUAUCUUCACCGUCAUGGCCACAUCCGUUGUGAUGUUAAAGCUGGAAACAUUCUCAUCAGUGACCAUGGUGCAAUCAAGCUGGGUGAUUUGGGUGUUUCUGCGUGCUUAUUCGAUUCUGGUGAUCGACAACGUGCAAGAAAUACAUUUUGCGGGACACCAUGCUGGAUGGCCCCUGAGAUUAUGGAGCAAUUGUAUGGAUAUGACUUCAGGGCAGAUAUAUGGUCUUUCGGUAUAACAGCUCUCGAGCUUGCUCACGGGCAUGCUCCUUUCUCUAAAUACCCCCCAAUGAAGGUUGCAUGGCUCUAAUGCAUCAAGGAUGGUCGAGUGGAUGAGAAAAAUUAUGUAUCUACGAGAGCCAUAGCUACAAUACGGUAUAUAAAUUGUAUUUCAUAGCCCAGAUUUAUCUUUUAUAUUUCAUUAUUAUGUAUGCUUAUCAUAGUGGUAGUUGUUCAUGAUUUUUAAAAAUAACUUCCUCCGUUAAGAUUUUGCGUUACGUUUCUUCCUCUCAUUUGGUAAUCACCUCUCUUCAAACAAUUUCAUUUCUUUUCAUGUACCAUCAAAGAGGUGGAAAUUUCGACCCGUUUACUUAACAAUUAAUUAGUUUUUUUGUUUUUUAUCAUCAAAAUAAAUUGUAAUCACAAAAUAACUUCCUCCAUUAAGAUUUUGCGUUACGCUUCUUCCUCUCAUUUGGUAAUCACCUCUCUUCAAACAAUUUCAUUUCUUUUCAUGUUUUGUGAUUACAAUUUGUUUUGAUGAUAAAAAAACAAAUAAAACUAAUUAAUUGUUAAGUAAACAGGUUGAAAUUUUCACCUCUUUGAUGGAAAUAUGGAAUGCACUCACGUUGGUCUUUAUUGCAGAUCUGUUGGAUAUAGUAGAAGAUGGUGAAUACUGAGAAUGAAAGGGACUUCCAACAAUUCUUGAAUAAUGUCCGGUAUAGGUAUAUCAAAAUUCAUUCUGUCAACUUUUCGUUUACAUUUUUUAUGGAACAAACUGAUUUUUCUUUUGAUAGUGGUGGCAAUAGUUUUAGAGGAGAUAUUUGGUAACGUAUGAUGUAAUUUUCACUUUUAGUUUGAUGUAUUUGAAGUUUUCCUUUAAGUUUUUUUGGUUUGAAAUAAAUUUUUGUAAAUUGUAUUGACUACAUUAUUGUGACUUAUA